GAGGAACACCACUGUACUGCUGAGUCUGAGUGUGUUGGUCUCCUGGGGCGUGCUUCUCCUGGCUGCUCGUCUCUACUGGAUGGGUAACAAGCCCCCCAACUUCUCCAACUCAGACAACCCGGCGGCCGACUCGCCACACCUUCUCACGCGAACACUGASCUUCCUCUACCUGCCCGCCRCCAACGCCUGGCUCCUCCUAUGCCCUGUCCAGCUCAGCUUCGAUUGGUCCAUGGACGCUCUACCGCUAAUCAAGACCUUUUCUGAUUGGAGGAACCUUCACACCGUGGCCUUCUAUGCUGGAUUUACUCUCCUGGCCUGGUAUGGCCUCCGUAGCAGUAGCAGCCCCGACUCCAAGGCCAAGGAGACCAAUGGGAAAGCUCACUUGGCGAACGGGAAGGCCCUCACCAAUGGGCACAGCUACCAUCCUCCAGACGGCAACCACAACAACCACAACAUAAACUCAGAGCAGGGCUCUCCAAAGACCAAUGGGAAAACCACCCUCAACGGGAAUGGGUUCACCAAAACCUACCAAUGUUCCCCUYGGACCACCCACCCCUCCCUCCCCUCCCUUGCCACCCUCCCCUCCACGGAGAACGUGGUGGUCUUCUCCCUGGGCCUACUCUCGCUGCCCUUCCUCCCGGCCACAAACCUCUUCUUCUAUGUGGGCUUUGUGGUGGCCGAGCGGCUGYUGUACAUACCCAGCAUGGGCUUCUGUCUGCUGGUGACGGUGGGGAUCCGGGCCYUGUACGUCAGGCUGAGAACCAGGGGCCCCAGGGUCGUGCUGCUGGGUCUGUGCGCGGGCCUGGUGCUGCUGUACGGCAUCAAGACGGUGCUGAGGAACAGGGACUGGAGCAACGAGGAGAUGCUCUACAAGUCUGGGAUCAGUGUUAACCCCGCUAAAGCAUGGGGCAACUUGGGAAACGUCCUGAAGAACCAGGGCAAGAUGGCAGAGGCGGAGAGGGCGUACCGGAAUGCCCUGUAUUACCGGGGAAACAUGGCUGACAUGUUGUAUAAUCUGUGAGUGUAUCUCUCCACUACCUCAACAAGGAUGAAGGGCCAUGAAAGCUGCCAUCCAUCAAUACUGCUUAGACAGACAGGGAGAAUAACAAGGGAUAGAGGGAGAGGGGGAGAGG